CUGGGCUCACUGCGCAGGCGCGGCCGUCGGCGUGGUCCCCAUGGAGCUGCUUUAGCUGAGCCGGCGUCGCCGCCAGCUUGCGAGAUGAGCGCGGCCGAGGCCGACCGCUGGGCGUGGCUGCUGGUGCUCAGCUUCGUGUUUGGGUGCAAUGUACUCAGGAUCCUCCUCCCGUCCUUCUCCUCCUUCAUGUCCAGGGUGCUGCAGAAGGAUGCAGAGCAGGAGUCCCAGAUGCGGGCAGAGAUCCAGGACAUGAAGCAGGAGCUCUCCACUGUCAACAUGAUGGAUGAGUUCGCCAGAUACGCCAGGCUGGAGAGAAAGAUCAACAAGAUGACGGAUAAGCUCAAAACUCAUGUGAAAGCGCGGACAGCUCAGCUGGCCAAGAUAAAAUGGGUGAUAAGCGUUGCUUUCUACAUAUUGCAAGCGGCCCUGAUGGUCUCGCUCAUUUGGAAGUAUUAUUCUGUCCCUGUGGCCGUGGUGCCGAGCAAAUGGAUAACUCCACUAGACCGCCUGGUGGCAUUUCCUACUAGAGUGGCAGGUGGUGUUGGAAUUACCUGUUGGAUUUUAGUCUGUAACAAAGUUGUGGCUAUUGUGCUCCAUCCUUUCAACUGAAAAAGAAGUUGAAUACAGCUCUGACACUUUAAAAAAUGGAUUUUCAGUUGGGAGGUUAAAAAUCUGAUUUAUACUCUUUCAUUGUUUUUUGUUUUUGUUUUUUUAAAGGAAACAGAAGUUAGUUUUUUGGUUCAACGUGUUUGUUCUUGGGCUUCGUCAGAUUCUCGUAAGAAUCGUGAAUUUGGGUAUUUGUCAUGACCCGUAAAUGUCAGUCUCACACGUAAGCACUGUCCAGCAUGACACCAAAUUUGUAGUAAGAAAUGUGUGACAUUGUGGGAGGUGGCAUUUUGUUAUUUGUGACUUACACUCUUGAUGUAUUUUAAAGGUCACAUUGACAGCUGGAAAGUCAAAGUUAUUUAAUAACUUAAGUACUUUAAAGACUUUGUGCUAUUUUUAAUCCUGACUAGAAAAUAACUUAAUUUUAAUACCACUACUAGAGUUUGAAAAUUUAUUUUUUAAUCUCUGCAGAACUUCUGAGAGAAUAACACUAACUGACAUAGCUUCUGUUCUUUCCUUCCUCUUGUUUAAAAUGUCAUUUGUUGGGCAAGACUUCGUUUAGUAUUAUCUACUUAUUCGAAGCUGUUAAUUUUUCAUUAUUGUGUUUUAUAAAUGUAUUUCUGAGACCAUAAUGCAUUGUUUUGUGCUUGAACUGUGUGUUUUAUAUUUAAAGCAUUUCAAAUGAAGGGUAAUUUUAAAGCAUUUAAUAUUUAUGCUCUGUAUAAGGAACAAAGUUUAAAAACGACUUAGGAAAUCUGAUUAAAUUAAUUUGAAUGGAUAUACAUUUGGCCCAUAGAAUUUAAUUCUGCUAAGUAUUUUUAAAAACAUUUUUUUCUAAUUAAAGUUUUUGCAAGUGCUAUGUGACUUCUUUGCUUGUGGCCACACAUUUGCUACGACCAGUCUGUGGCAGAGGACCAUACCCAUUAACUAAGUGGGCCACAGCCACAUAAAGCUGAAUUCUGUCAUCAGUUUUGACAAGGUCAUUUUUGUAUUCCUGUAUUCUCUAAUGGUGUAAUAAGUUCGUUAUUAUUUCUGCUAAUUGUGCUGUGAAAGACAGUGCUGUACUGCGUAGUUCAUUGUCACCGGAGUGGGUUUCAUGGUCCCCUCCUCUCUCAGACAUACGGGCACCCAGUUGACUUAGCUUUGAGGAAGGAUGCGGAGCAGGGGACAUGGCCGUAUUUAUAGUGGACGAGCGUCGUGGAGGACUCGGACACCAGCGUCCCACAUCCAGUCACCACACUGGGAACGUUUUAGCCACCGAGGAUGAGCAGCGACCUGCGGAGGAGUCGCCGCACGAGGAAUCUGCAGGGGCUCAGGUCCCUUCGAGGCCACGCGCCCCAUGCCUGUUUUUCGGGAGCUGCGGGCAGAAGUGGCAGGUCACACAGUGAACAGUCGGGUGGCCAGGGAUGCGUGCCCGGGAUGUCCUCGGACCACUGAUCCGUGUAAAGCCUCCCUGACAGGACCCUUGUUUAUCUGCUUACGGUAUAUUCUUUCAGUUAAUCCUGCCAGGAUUCUGACACGUUCACUAAGGCUGGGGGAAAGGAUUUAGAGUUCACAGCUGCUAAUUCUUUCCACGUUCAUUAAUAGUUUGUGAAGGUUAAGUAGGGGACAUUUAAAUAUCCCUCGUGUUUCACAUCGUUGUGGUUUUUGAAAAAUGGUGUUUGUUUUUAAAUAGAUAAUAAACGUGGCACUGAAUUCAGAAGAUAGAGAAAGGGGUGUGAUGAAGGUGCGUCUCCUGACCUGCUCUCACCUGGCCCAGGGUUCCGGAAUUUCCUGCUGUAACCAGUUCCUGCGGUUCUUACAGUGUUAUUCCUUAUGGUUAUGAAUACUGACGUGUGCUUUUAAAAUAACUUUAAAAAAUUAUAAAAACAAUACCUAAAAAAGACCCCACAAAAACUA